AAGAAAAAGAAGAAGAAUCGAACAGCUGGGGCGAAAUUGAAAGCGGCUCAUCUGGAUGAAAUGAAAAGGCUGUUAGAUGUAAUGCAGCAACGUGCUCCCGAUGUUGAACAUCAGUUCAAAGAAAAGUCAAAUGAGUUGGAAAUGGCGCAGAUUAUCAUACACCAGUUGUCGGAUAAGGCCAAUAUAAACCAAGGCGGCAAUCGUAUAGAGACCUUGACGCAGACGCAAUUUAUGUACGAGCAACAGAUUAGAGACUUACAAGCUAUGGUGCAACAAUUGACAAAGAAAGGAAUUUAUAAUGGUCACAAAUAUAUUGGCAAAAACAUAGCAAGUGCAUAUGCCAAGUUGGAAAAAUUGACAAUGCUGGCCAAAAAGAAGAGUCUUUUUGAUGAUCGACCGCAAGAGAUUCAAGAAUUGACUUACAUCAUGGUGUAUGCGUUACAAUCUAAAUUAGCCAGCAUGGGCACCGACUUCAAACAGAUACUAGAAGUGCGUAUAGAAAAUCUCAAACAACAAAAAGCGCGUCGGGAUCAAUUCGGGCAGUCACCAAUUGCUGCUAGCACGAAUAUGUUUGUGACACGGCAAGAUUUUAACAAGUUCAGAGGCGCGGUCUUAAAGUUGUGGGUUUUUAAAUACAUAAACAUAUAA